AUGCACUUCCUUAGAAGCGUGGCCGUUGGAUUGCUCCAAGCAGGCCUGAUAUCGGCGCAGACGAAGUACGCGGACAACCAAAUUCCGGUUUCCAAAGACAGCGAACUCGUCUCCAAGCUCUUCCCCGAUGUAGAAGGCGUCGAGCUGCUCUCGCCUGCGUUCGCGAAUGAUGAGACUGUACCGGACGGAUGGGCCAACGGAACGUCUGGUCCUACAUCGCAAGACACGCUGGAAUCUUUCCUGAAAGGUAUCGCAGACCAACACCCAUGGGCAACCUACCACACGCCCUUCACCUCUGAAGAUGACCGCUCAAUUCCUUACCUAAACCUCUCGUCUGGCUCCUCGACACCCAAGCUCCGGAUCUGGCUUCAGGGGGGCGUCCACGGCAACGAACCGGCUGGCGACCAAGCCAUUCUCGCCCUCCUAGCCAAACUCGCCUCCAACGAGACAUGGACAGCCUCCGUCCUCGAAAAGGCUAACAUUCUCAUUCUGCCGCGGUACAACCCCGACGGCGUGGCCUACUUCCAACGCGAGCUCGCCUCAAACCACGACCCGAACCGCGACCACGCCCUCCUCCAGCGCCAGCAGACCCGCGACGUCAAGACUCUUUUGUCGGCGUUCGACCCGCACAUCUUCCUCGACGCGCACGAGUACACCGCAAGUCAGCGGCUCGGCGCGCAGGGCCAGUGGCUCAAGGCGCAGGACGUCCAGGUGUCGCACGUCAAGAACCCCAACAUCCACCCGGCCAUCCGCGCCCUCGGGGAAGGCCUCUUUCUGCGUGCGAUCCAGGGCAGGGUGCGGAGCCAUGGCCUGCGGACGAGCGCGUACUUCACAGCCGGCGGCGGCACUGACCUUCCCGUCCUCACGGAGCCGAGCUCCGUCUCCCGCGCGGGGCAUAACUCCGCUGGUCUCCUGCAGGCGGUGUCCUUCCUCACGGAGACACGGGGCAUCAGGCUUGCGGACCAGCACUUCCAGCGCCGCGUCGCCGCAGGGUUACUUGCGGUUGAGACCCUUCUCCAGACCGCCGUCGACAACGCCGAAGAAGUCUACGUCACCAUCGAAACCGCACGGCAAGAGUUCACCACCAGUACCGAGGCCAUCAUCGUCACCGACCACGCGCGCACCACAAACACAACAUGGCCCUUCAUCGACGUCCGCAACGGCACCCUCGUCCACGUCCCCGUGCAAUUCCGCAACAGCACGCCCACCGCGCCAGACCUCGUCCGCGCCCGCCCCGAAGCGUACGUCUUCCCCCGCGCGUGGGCUGCCGUCGCCGACAAGCUGCGCACCCUGGGCGUCGAGGUGGCGGUGCUGGAGGAGGACUUUGUCGGGGUAGCGGAGGUCCUCACCGCGGAGAGCGUCACCCUCGCGAGUUCCAAAAACGAAGGCGUCGUCGAGAGCACCAUCACCACAACGACGAGCCGCAGGACAGUGAGGGUGCCGAAGGGCGGGUUCCGCGUGAGCACGCGGCAGAAGAACGCGGCGUUUGCGUUUGUGCUGCUCGAGCCGGAGAACAACGCGAGCUUGGCGCGGUAUAAUGUGAUUAACUUGGAGGAGGGCGAUGAGUACCCCGUGUUUCGGGUGCUCACGGGGCAAUAG